AUGGGCAAUUUGCGCAUGCGCGCGCACACUCCGUUCUAUUUGUUUACGCGGACUGAUAACGUAGCAAACCGUGCACUACAGCGGAGGUCCGGCCUCCUCCCUCCAUUCGCUUGAUCCUCUUAUCUCCGAGCUGGCGACUAAAAUGGAUGUUGUAAACCAGUUGGUCGCGACCGGCCAGUUCACCGUGGUAAAACAGCCACUGGGCUUCAUAAAGAUCCUACAAUGGGUUUUUGCAAUCUUUGCUUUCGCCACGUGUGGGAGCUACUCUGGGAUGUUAAAAAUGAGCGUGGAGUGCAAGAACAGGACGGAGAGUGACCUCAGCAUCGAGGUGGAGUUUGAGUACCCCUUCAGGCUCCAUCAGGUGUACUUUGACGCCCCAACGUGCAAGGGGGGUAAUCCAGAACGGCUCUUCCUCGUGGGCGACUACUCCUCCUCGGCAGAGUUCUUCGUCACCAUCGGUGUCUUCUCCUUCCUGUACUCCAUGGCGGCCCUCGCUGUGUACCUCUUCUGCCUGGAGAAGUACCGCCUAAACUGCAAGGGGGCUCAGAUUGAUUUCGUGGUGACGUGCGUGUUCACCUUCAUGUGGCUGGUGAGCUCGGCGGCCUGGGCCAAGGGCCUUUCGGACGUGAAGACGGCCACCGACCCCGAGCGCGUGGUCACCCUCAUCUCCGCCUGCGAGCAAGAGGAGAACCGCUGCCGGGAGAUCCACGACCCCGUCGUGUCCGGACUCAACACCUCCGUGGUGUUUGGAUUCCUCAACCUGAUCCUGUGGGCGGGGAACCUGUGGUUCGUGUUCAAGGAGACCGGCUGGCUGGCGGCCUUCACGCACUACCCCCCGCCGUCCCAGGAGAAGCAGCCCGCGCCCGAGUCCUUCGGCCAGCAGCAGGACCCCUACGCCGGCCCCCAGGGCGGGUACCAGCCUGAGUACAGCCAACAGGGCGGCGGCGGCGGCUACGAGGGCGGGGACUACGGCCAGGGCUACGUCCAGCAGGGGGCGCCCACGUCGUUCGCCAAUCAGAUGUGAGCCGGGGACCCGCGCGGGCCAGCUGCCGGGGGCCGAAGGAGGGUGACAGUGUGAUUUGGGGAGUGUGAUGCCUGAACCUCACCCACAAUUAAACACUCCUCUUGUGUAUCCGUUUGUGCAUCCGUCCGUUGACAAAGAGAGGAAUGGGGGAGGGGGGGUAGGGGCAGAGGGGGGGUUAAUUUAAACAGACCACAGGGAGAGGGGAAUUAAUGGGGUGGCUGUUCGGUGUGCUGUGCGUUACCCUGGUUACGUAGAGUUCUGAGUGAUCAAACAGUAAUACAGCCGAGUACAGAACCAAAACAUUAAGAGACAAAAGAACAAAUAAGGGAAUACAAGUAUAUGAAAUGAAUAUUAAUUAUAGUAAUACUACAUUUUUGAGAAUGUAUUUGUGCUGUGUAAAUAUAAAUGUGAACAUUGCAUAACUUUACUAUAUAGUUAUGUACAUAUACAUUGCAAUAUGUAUAUGUACAUAUAUAUAUAUAUAUAUUGCAAUGUUGUGUAUGAAAUUUGUCUACUGUACUUCAUGUUUUUAGAAGCUUAGAUGGUUAUUUGAAUAUUAUUUCAGCCCACUUUUGUAGAUUUUCCAAGUUAAAUUUUAAUUCUGUUUUGUUUUGUCUGCUGAUUUGUCUUGCUGGUUUGGUGGUACACUCACUCCUGCACAAAGGAACAUAUUUAUCAAUGUUUCCAUGCUUUAUAUUUUCUGCUUUUUGUUUGUUUGUUUCAUAUAGAUCAGUGAGUUUUCAGGUCCGAGAGAGAGACUUAAAGAGUGAGCAAGAAAUGGGUAAAUAAAGAGAAAACACAUGCAGGGAAUAAAAUAAUAUUUGCACUGAGAAGGAGAUGACAGAGAUGCAUGUCGAAGAGGGAGAAAAGUCCUUUUUAGAUCCAUGAAUGAAUACGAUUUCUCAUUUUAUUCAGGCCAUUGUAUUCAUAAUUAAUUUGGGGUAUAUUCGGCUAACUGGUCAAAAUGAAAAUGGGUUUUAAUAUAAUUUAGGUAGCCUGGAAAGUUUUGGCACCUAAUGUGUUUUUGUGCAGAGGGGAAAUGUUGAACUCCCGAAAGGAGAGAUUUUAUUUGUUUUGUUUGGUUCUUGUUUGUGUGUGUGUACCACGGACCUCAGUUAGAGUUGGUCAGCCUCGUGUGUUGAAAUGGCGUUUUAUCUCCUGUGUUCGUUUGACACUCGUCUGCUCCAACAUAUGGUGGGAUUUAGUCAACAAUUCGUCCUGAAAAGUGUGGUAUCACAGUUCAGCUAUUAGCAUGGAGCAUAUUUUAAUGAACGCAGAGGUAACAUUAUUAUAUAAAUGAGGCACAACUGCAUAUCCUGCAGGGGCUGAUGCUGUAAGCUGACACAGGUCACAUAAUCCCUCGGUCUGAAUUUAAAACGUACUUGUUGUUUUAGGUCUUUGGGACUGGACUCUUCAUUGUAAGUAAUUUAUCUUGAUGACUAUCAAUUAAAGACUAUUAAUAAAGACUACUAAAAGACUGAUCUCUUCGGCACUCACCCAUAAUGUAAAAAUGCAUGCUUGAUUGGUGCAGUGUUUAAUCACCAAACGAUGGAAACCAUCAGUAUUAAAUAACUAGAUUUCAGUAACAGUCCUGAAGCUUCGUGCCGUUCGAUCUGCCAUUACCUAAUUCGACGUGCUGUUAAUAUGCAAGACUACAAAUCUGUUUUCAAAAGAAUGCUUUUUUUCCUGUCAGUGCCCCUUACAAAUCCCUAUUUUGUUCAUCAAAAAAACAAAUAAAUCAGAUCAUUUGCUGCUGGGCUGAGCAGUUAGCAUUUCUCCUUGCUCUCUCAGUCCUCAUCUUGCACAAUAUGUGACCUCUUUCCCUUUUGGCCAAAUCUUUUUAAAUAAAAAGUGCAGUCACACAGCAGAACAGCCAUGUGCUGGAUUAAAGCAUGCAUAAGACCAUAUACUCCCUUUCCUAGACGGGCUCAGUCUGGUGCCUCUAUACCAGAGAUAUCAGUGAAAGGAAGGGUUUAGUUAAAGGUAUAUAUAUACGUGUGUGUCAGGAUUGGUUUGACCACUGUGAUAAGGCAUUUAUAGCACACAGCAUUGAUUUGAAAUUUGUUUCGUUUUGUUCCUGUGAAAUCGUUUUUACAUUUGGGGGAAUCUAAUAAUCAGGCUUUCUAGAUGCAUUUGUCUCUAUUUCUCUCUCCCACUCUUUUUCUAACACUCUCUCUGUGAUACUUCCCUCCCUCUUCCUGUUUCUCUCUUUCUCUCUUUCCAAAUAUACUACACAAUACCCUGUUGUUAGUGGUGAAUGAUGUCUUGUGAUACUCUCAAUGCCUUUGGGUAGUGCUGUAUUUAUUGUGUACGGUGUAUUCUUAGUAUUAACGAUUAAUACUAAUAUUAAUACUAGUAUUAAUAUUGUGUUUAUUCUAUGGAAUCCAAGUGAAGGGGAAAAUGAAAUAAACUUGAAAUUAUUCUGUUGAAAGUUUA